AUAUAUACAAUAUACCCAGAAGGGAAUCGAUUGGCCAUAGAGCAGCGUGAGACCACAGCAAGAUGUCAUUCGAUAUAGCGGUGGCCGAUCAGAUGCGCAUUGCCUUGAACUAUGUGAAGUUCAAGACGAAUCAACAGCGCCUACGGAGCAAUGACAAGGUAAUUGCCGACACCGUCUAUGGCAAGGUGAAGGGCGUCAAGUGGCAGUCGAUCUAUGGGAACAAUUACUACAGCUUUGAGGGCAUUCCAUUUGCCAAGCCACCGGUGGGUGAGCUGCGCUUUAAGGCGCCCGUGGAGCCUGACCAUUGGCCGGAGGUGAAGCGAUGCACCAGGGUACGCUCCAAGCCGUGUCAGGUGAACAUUGUGAUGAAACUGGUGCAGGGUAGCGAGGAUUGUCUGUACCUUAAUGUGUAUACCAGAGAUUUGCACCCCAAUAAACCUGUGCCAGUGCUCGUGUGGAUCUAUGGCGGUGGCUUUCAAAUGGGCGAAGCCUCAAGGGAUCUCUACAGUCCCGACUACAUCAUGAUGGAGCAUGUGGUCCUGGUUGUCAUAUCCUAUCGGCUUGGUGCCCUGGGAUUUCUCAGUCUCGACGAUAAAGAGCUGGAUGUGCCCGGCAAUGCGGGCCUAAAGGAUCAAGUCAUGGCCCUGCGUUGGGUCAAGCGGAAUUGUCAGUUCUUUGGCGGCGAUCCAGAGAAUAUCACAGUCUUUGGGGAGAGUGCAGGCGGAGCGUCCACCCACUACAUGAUGCUGACGGAACAGACCCGCAAUCUCUUCCACAAGACUGUGAUCAUGUCGGGUGCGGCAUUGGCCCCUUGGGCACAGACACCGAUGCAUAUCAAUUGGGCAUAUCGCUUGGCCCAGGCCACCGGCUACUCCGGGGAGCUUAACGAUCGCCAGGUAUUUGCUCAUCUCAAGAAAUGCAAGGCCAGCAGCCUGCUGAAGGUGGCCGACGAUAUCAUCACCAUGGAGGAGCGCCAUCAGCGCCUGACCAUGUUCUGCUUUGGACCCAGCAUCGAACCCUAUGAAACGGAUCAUUGUGUGAUACCCAAGUCGCCGCUGGAGAUGAUGCGCAACUGUUGGGGCAACAGCAUUCCCAUGGUCAUUGGCGGCAACUCCUUUGAGGGUCUGCUGAUGUUUCCCGAGGUAAACAAGUGGCCGGAGUUGCUGUGCCAGCUGGGCGAUUGUGAGCAUUUGGCUCCCAAGGAUGCGCAGCUGGACAAGGAGCAGCAGCGGUUCUUUGGCAAGCAGCUGAGGGAAACCUAUUUUGGCGAUAGAAAACCCAGUCGUGACACUAUUCUGGAGUACAGUGAUCUCUUUUCGUACAAAUAUUUUUGGCAUGGCAUUCAAAGGACAUUGCUCUCGCGUGCCCAUUACGCUCCAGAGGCGCCCACGUAUCUGUAUCGCUUUGACUUUGACUCAAAACACUUCAACAUCAUGAGGAUUAUCACCUGUGGCCGCAAGGUGCGAGGCACAUGUCAUGCCGAUGAUUUGUCGUAUUUGUUCUACAAUGCGGCAGCAAAGAAACUAAAGCGACGCACGGCCGAAUUCAAGACGAUAAAACGUCUGGUGUCCAUGGUGGUGCAGUUUGCCAUAUGCGGCGAUCCCAAUAUACCGCUGGUCACGCACGAUGAAAAACAGCAGCCGUGCCUGCCACAGGGCACAGUCAACGGCACAUCCACAGCCACCUGGUUGCCCAUUUCGCGUGAGGAUGCGGUGUUCAAGUGCCUGAAUAUAUCGCAUGAUGUGCAGGUGAUUGAUUUGCCAGAGGCCGAAAAGUUGCGGCUCUGGGAUAGCAUCUAUGACAGGCGACUCUUGUACUGAAUCACACAUUCUGUUGCCCCCUCAAACUCUCAGGCAGCUUUGCUGCUUAUUUACCCUUAGCAAUCCGUAGGCCUUAGAUAUAGUCAUAGCCGUAGC